AACUCAUAAACAAGUUAGUCGUCUGAGAACACUAAUGUCGAGACAAGAAAUGGAUUCUGUUGUUCGAAAAGUGGCUUUCAUUACUGGGGGCGCCGGAGGCAUUGGUCUAGCUAUGGUUAAACACCUUCUUAAAAAUGGAGCAAAAGGUGUAGCAAUCGUAGAUUCUUCUGAAGACGCCGAAAGCAGAAUCGUCGACGAAAUCGCAACCGUUUUUGGCAAAGACAAAGUUGUAUUUAUUAAGGCAGAUGUCACAGUUAAGGAAGAACUAGAAGGAGCUUUUGACAAAACUAUAGAAAUUUAUCAACAACUGGAUAUCGUCAUCAACAACGCUGGAAUAGUGGAUGAAGUUAACUGGAAGAGAGUAGUGGCCGUAAAUCUGUGCGCCGUAAUGGAAGGAUCUUAUUUGGCCAUGCAAAACUACUUUCCAAAGUAUAAAUCUGGAGAGGAAGGUGUCAUUGUCAACACAGCUUCCAUCUGCGCCUUUCGAACAAUGUCAGUCGGUCCUAGUUACUGUACAACUAAGCACGGGUUAAUCGGGUUUGCAAAAGCUGUGGGUGACGAAGAAUUUUACAAAAAUUAUAAAGUUCGCGUUUUGACCAUUUGUCCAGGGUUGGUGGACACUCCGAUCAUCAAAAACCAGAAAGUGCUUUGGUCUCCAGAAUUACAUGAAAAGCAACUGGCAGAUAUAAAUUCUGUUUUGCAGUCACCAGACCGUGUGGGAGAAGCACUCAUUGAAAUUAUUAAGAAGGGUAAAAAUGGGUCUUUUUGGGUCGUUGAAGAGGAUGAACCUGCGUACGAGAUUGUAGUACCGUGUUACAGAACCAUGAAAGUUUGAUCAUUAAUCGAUUCAGUGGUUCUUAAAUGAGAAAUAAAAACUAGCAAAUA